CUUCUGUAAAUGUCUGUUCAGAAGGCCUUGCAUUUUGAGUGAAAAGACAUCUGAACUUUCAUGCCACUUUAAGAAAGACAACCUUGAGGUUUUCUCUUCAGACUUCGGAAAAACAGCAGUAGAUCUCUACAGGACCACCACCCUCUUCUAAUCAUCAUGAGAGUCAUAACUUUGUCUGUCCUGGCCUGUGUCCUUGUCACCCUCCUCAGAGCUGAAGGCUUUCAUGACAAUGAUAUUUAUGAUUGCCAGCCAGGGUAUAAUUUAGCCUCUAACAACGUACCUCAUUGCUACAAACUGAUCCAGAAACAAAUGGGAUGGACAGAUGCACUGAAUUACUGUCAGAAAGAAGGCGGUACCCUGGCUGCUGCUCACUCCAUUAGUGAAUACCAGCUUCUUCUGUCCAUGGUGAAGAAGACCCAGGACAUAUCUGCGUAUGCCUGGGUGGGACUAAAUGAUCUAGAUGAGGAAGGGAAAUAUGUUUGGACUGAUGGGAGCAACACAGCUUUUUCCUGGUCCAAGAGUGCCAUAGAACAGCAGUAUGGAGAGGAAGACUGUGUGGCACUGAACUCUUAUAAAGGGGCUGAGGGCUUUGAUGACAUUAAGUGUAACAGUGGCUGUACCUUUAUCUGCAUGACAAUGGCUGAAAAUGCCUAAGAUGGAAGAGGAACGCAACACCAUCAGAACUCCUCUGAUUUGAUUGAGGACAUGUUCAAUACCUUUAUUCUAACUCUGAAAAUCUUAUUGCAUUUUAUCUGUAAUUAGAUUUAAGAUCUACCAACCACUAAGGCACCCAGUGAAAAUGUUUAAGCAAAAUAAUAGCAAACUCACAAGCCAUGUUUUGUCUAAGAUCACCGACAGGAUAGUUCUGCAUUAACAACUAAAUGUUUCUCAAUAUUCUAAAAAGAAAAUGUUUAUGUUUUGUUUAUUAUAUUAAAUUAAUAGAAAUUGUUCAGGUCUAAUAACCCCUCUAUGCUUUUAUGCCCAUCUCGUUGAAUAAAACCUUUCAGCAUCA